GCUGUCGCCGCCGGACAGUCUCUGACCUCCCUGGGACGCCUGGGUCGAGGCUAACAGCGGGCUCACUGUCCCCUGUCAGCCACUGGGCGUCCAGCGCCUCCGGCCGGCCCUGGGUCCCUGGGACCUGGCCUUCGGGUGGCCGGGCCAUGGAGCCGUGCAACCGCUGCCAUCACUUCUUCUUGCUCCUACCUCUGGUGCUGGGGCUGAGCGCCCUCCCAGCCUGGGCAGGUGCACCGCCUGUGGACGUGCUCCGAGCCCUGAGGUUCCCCUCACUCCCUGAUGGUGUCCGGAGGACAAGAGGCAUCUGUCCGGCAGAUGUGGCCUACCGAGUGUCCCGGCCUGCCCAGCUUAGCGCGCCCACCCGCCAGCUCUUCCCAGGAGGCUUUCCCAAAGAUUUCUCUCUGCUGACUGUUGUCCGGACCCGCCCUGGUCUCCAGGCUGCCCUGCUCACUCUCUAUAGUGCCCAGGGCACUCGACAGCUGGGCCUGGAGCUGGGCCGACCCGUCCGCUUUCUCUAUGAGGACCAGACUGGACGGCCGCAACCGCCGGCUCAGCCGGUCUUCCGAGGCCUCAGCCUAGCAGAUGGCAAGUGGCAUCGUGUGGCUGUGGCAGUGAAAGGCCAGUCUGUCACCCUCAUUGUUGACUGCAAGAAGCGAGUUACCCGGCCCCUCCCCCGCAGCGCUCGGCCAGUGCUGGACACCCGUGGAGUAGUAAUCUUUGGUGCCCGUAUCCUGGAUGAAGAAGUCUUUGAGGGUGAUGUCCAGGAGCUCGCCAUUGUUCCAGGCGUGCAAGCGGCCUACGAGUCCUGUGAACAGAAGGAGCUGGAAUGUGAGAGGGAGAGAUCUCCCCACCAACCAUCUCACAGGGCCCAGAGAUCCCCAAAGCAGCAGCCUUCAAGACUGCAGAGGCCCCAAAACCAGGAACCCCAGCGACAGUCCCCUGAGUCUCUCUACUAUGACUACGAGCCCCUCUAUUAUGAUGUGAUGACUGCGGGGACCACCCCUGAUUAUCAGGACCCUACCCCAGGAGAAGAGGAAGGAAUCCUGGAAUCCAGCCCCUUGCCACCCCCUGAGGAGGAGCAGACAGAUCUCCAGGUCCCCCCCACAGCAUACAGGUUCCAGGCAGAGGAAUAUGGGGAGGGUGGCACGGACGCCCCGGCAGGGCCCUACGAUUACUCCUAUGGCUAUGGGGACGAUUACCGCGAGGAGACCGAGCUCGGCCCUGCCCUCUCUGCGGAGACAGCCCACUCGGGAGCCACUGCCCAUGGACCCCGGGGCCUGAAGGGAGAGAAGGGAGAGCCUGCGGUGCUGGAACCCGGUAUGCUUGUGGAGGGGCCUCCUGGCCCAGAAGGCCCCGCGGGACUGACUGGUCCCCGUGGCAUCCAGGGGAACCCAGGCCCAGUUGGAGAUCCUGGCGAGCGGGGUCCCCCUGGCCGAGCUGGGCUCCCUGGAUCAGAUGGGGCCCCUGGCCCUCCUGGUACAUCCCUCAUGCUCCCAUUCCGGUUUGGCAGUGGUGCGGGUGACAAGGGCCCUGUGGUGGCAGCCCAGGAGGCUCAGGCCCAGGCGAUUCUGCAGCAGGCACGGCUGGCGCUCCGUGGACCUCCUGGCCCCAUGGGAUACACUGGCCGCCCUGGACCCCUGGGACAGCCUGGGAGCCCUGGCCUGAAAGGAGAAUCUGGAGACCUGGGACCUCAGGGCCCCAGAGGACCGCAGGGCCUCACUGGUCCUCCCGGCAAGGCUGGGCGAAGGGGCAGAGCAGGUGCCGACGGAGCCCGUGGGAUGCCUGGAGAACCUGGAGUGAAGGGUGACCGAGGUUUUGACGGACUCCCAGGGCUGCCUGGGGAGAAGGGGCACAGGGGUGAUACUGGUGCUCAGGGCCUUCCUGGGCCCCCUGGUGAGGACGGAGAGCGGGGAGAUGAUGGCGAGAUUGGGCCUCGGGGACUGCCUGGAGAGUCGGGGCCUCGUGGUCUCCUUGGCCCCAAAGGCCCACCUGGUAUUCCUGGACCCCCGGGAGUCCGGGGCAUGGACGGUCCCCACGGCCCCAAAGGGAGCUUGGGACCCCAGGGAGAGCCAGGACCUCCUGGACAGCAGGGCACUCCAGGGACCCAGGGUCUCCCCGGGCCCCAGGGUGCCAUCGGCCCUCAUGGAGAGAAGGGUCCUCGAGGGAAACCAGGGCUCCCUGGCAUGCCUGGCUCCGACGGACCCCCGGGUCACCCAGGGAAGGAAGGUCCCCCUGGAACCAAAGGAAACCAGGGUCCCUCUGGGCCUCAGGGUCCUCUCGGAUACCCAGGACCGCGAGGUGUCAAGGGUGUGGAUGGAAUUCGGGGUCUGAAGGGUCAUAAGGGCGAAAAGGGCGAGGACGGCUUUCCUGGGUUCAAAGGUGACAUAGGAGUGAAAGGUGACAGGGGCGAGGUUGGAGUCCCUGGUUCCAGGGGAGAGGAUGGUCCCGAGGGGCCGAAGGGACGCACUGGACCCACAGGAGACCCUGGGCCUCCCGGACUCAUGGGCGAGAAGGGCAAGCUGGGUGUUCCUGGUCUGCCUGGCUACCCUGGACGCCAGGGCCCCAAGGGUUCCUUGGGAUUUCCUGGUUUUCCUGGAGCCAGUGGAGAGAAGGGAGCCCGGGGCCUGUCGGGAAAGUCAGGGCCUCGAGGAGAGCGGGGCCCCACGGGUCCGCGGGGCCAGCGGGGACCCCGGGGUGCCACUGGGAAGUCUGGAGCUAAGGGGACAUCGGGCGGUGAUGGCCCCCAUGGGCCCCCUGGAGAGAGGGGUCUCCCUGGACCUCAGGGCCCCAAUGGAUUUCCUGGUCCCAAAGGACCCCCGGGUCCCCCAGGGAAGGACGGGCUGCCGGGACACCCUGGCCCAAGAGGAGAAGUGGGCUUCCAAGGAAAGACGGGCCCCCCUGGACCCCCCGGAGUGGUGGGACCUCAGGGAGCAGCAGGAGAAAGUGGCCCAAUGGGGGAGAGGGGUCACCCAGGCCCCCCAGGACCUCCUGGAGAGCAGGGACUGACGGGGACAGCUGGAAAAGAAGGCACAAAGGGUGACCCUGGUCCUCCUGGGGCCCCAGGGAAGGAUGGUCCUGCUGGCCUAAGGGGCUUCCCAGGGGAGCGAGGCCUCCCGGGCACUGCUGGCGGUCCUGGUUUGAAGGGGAAUGAGGGUCCCGCUGGUCCCCCUGGCCCUGCGGGCUCUCCUGGGGAGCGAGGUGCAGCCGGAUCUGGGGGACCCAUCGGCCCUCCAGGGCGCCCAGGCCCGCAGGGUCCCCCUGGAGCAGCAGGCGAGAAAGGCGUCCCGGGUGAGAAGGGGCCAAUUGGCCCGACUGGCCGUGAUGGGGUGCAGGGCCCUGUGGGGCUUCCAGGUCCUGCUGGACCCCCGGGUGUGGCUGGCGAGGAUGGAGACAAGGGUGAGGUGGGAGAUCCUGGACAGAAAGGCAGCAAAGGGAACAAGGGCGAACACGGUCCCCCUGGACCUCCUGGGCCCAUUGGUCCUGUGGGGCAGCCUGGAGCCGCGGGAGCAGAUGGGGAGCCUGGAGCGCGGGGACCCCAAGGACACUUUGGAGCCAAAGGCGAUGAAGGAACAAGAGGAUUCAAUGGGCCCCCAGGACCCAUCGGCUUGCAGGGUUUGCCAGGUCCCUCUGGAGAGAAGGGAGAAACAGGAGAUGUGGGUCCUAUGGGACCACCUGGCCCCCCAGGACCUCGAGGCCCGGCCGGACCCAACGGUGCUGACGGCCCGCAGGGCCCCCCAGGAGGUGUUGGGAACCUGGGUCCCCCUGGAGAGAAGGGGGAUCCGGGAGAGUCAGGAUCUCCAGGGGUCCAGGGUGAACCAGGUGUCAAGGGUCCACGUGGGGAGCGUGGCGAGAAAGGAGAAUCGGGGCAGCCAGGAGAGGCGGGACCACCAGGGCCUAAGGGCCCCACAGGCGACGAUGGCCCCAAAGGGAACCCCGGGCCUGUUGGUUUUCCUGGUGACCCCGGCCCCCCUGGAGAAGUUGGCCCUCGGGGCCAGGAUGGUGCUAAGGGUGACCGCGGGGAGGACGGCGAGCCAGGACAGCCUGGAUCCCCUGGUCCCACUGGGGAGAACGGACCCCCUGGACCACUUGGAAAGCGGGGUCCUGCCGGCACGCCCGGUCCAGAGGGGCGCCAAGGAGAGAAGGGCGCUAAGGGGGAUCCCGGGGCCGUGGGUGCCCCAGGGAAGACAGGCCCUGUGGGUCCUGCUGGCCCAGCGGGAAAGCCUGGCCCCGAUGGCCUGAGGGGGCUCCCGGGCUCAGUGGGCCAGCAAGGCCGUCCUGGAGCCACAGGCCAGGCUGGACCUCCAGGCCCUGUGGGACCCCCAGGGCUUCCUGGCCUCCGGGGCGAUGCUGGAGCCAAAGGAGAGAAGGGUCACCCAGGUCUCAUUGGCCUGAUUGGGCCCCCUGGGGAGCAAGGAGAGAAGGGUGAUCGGGGGCUCCCUGGGCCUCAGGGCUCCCCAGGACAGAAGGGAGAGACGGGCAUCCCAGGAGCAUCCGGCCCCAUUGGUCCUGGAGGACUCCCCGGCCUCCCUGGACCUGCUGGCCCCAAAGGAGCCAAAGGAGCCACAGGCCCCGCUGGACCCAAGGGAGAGAAGGGCGUCCAGGGCCCUCCGGGACACCCGGGCCCCCCGGGUGAGGUGAUCCAGCCACUGCCCAUCCAGAUGCCCAAGAAGACGCGCCGUUCGGUGGACGGGAGCCGCCUGAUGCAGGAAGAUGAGGCUGAGCCCACCGGCGGGGCCCCGGGCAGCCCCGGGGGGCUGGAGGAGAUCUUCGGCUCACUCGACUCCCUGCGCGAGGAGAUCGAGCAGAUGAGGCGGCCGACCGGGACCCAGGACAGCCCCGCUCGCACCUGCCAGGACCUGAAGCUGUGCCACCCGGAGCUGCCGGACGGAGAGUACUGGGUCGAUCCCAACCAGGGCUGUGCUCGGGAUGCCUUCCGAGUUUUCUGCAACUUCACAGCAGGAGGGGAAACGUGUGUGACGCCCAGGGAUGACGUCACACAGUUCUCCUACGUGGACUCCGAGGGCUCCCCGGUAGGCGUGGUCCAGCUCACCUUCCUGCGGCUGCUCAGUGUCUCAGCUCACCAGGAUGUCUCCUACCCAUGCUCUGGAGAAGCCCGUGAGGGUCCCCUGAGACUCCGAGGGGCCAACGAGGACGAGCUGAGCCCGGAGACCAGCCCUUACGUCAAGGAAUUCAGAGACGGCUGUCAGACACAGCAAGGCCGCACGGUGGUGGAGGUGCGGACGCCUGUGCUGGAGCAGCUGCCGGUGCUGGAUGCCUCCUUCUCAGACCUGGGGGCCCCCCCGAGACGGGGAGGGGUGCUGCUGGGGCCUGUGUGCUUCAUGGGCUAGGACUUCUGUCGUCGGAACCAGGCCCACCUGGAAUCCCGCAGCAGCAGCUCCGUGCCUCUCCCGAGAAGGCUCUUCCUUACCUGGGAUCCUGGGCCUGGGUCCUGGGAGCCCCCUGCAGGGCCCGUCCUGGGAGGAGUGAAGUCCAUGCCGGGGCGCGCCAGGGAGGGCUGGCACCGGGGCUCUCGGCCCUCCCGCCUGGAGCCUGUGACCUGUUAGAGAGCUGAGGCCCUUAUUUAAAACUGACCUCCCCAUCACCCCAAACACGUGGAAGAGAAAGGACACUGUGUAUUUUGUAUUUAAAAGUAAUUAUAUUAAUUAUUUAAAGAGUGGAAAGCAAAAUAACAAAAAAGAUAAAGUGAGAAACACCAACAAAAACCAGCACACAUUGGAGACGGGGCGUCCAGGGGUGGGCCCGGCACCCUCUCCUUGCCUCAGGGCUUUCCUUGAUGAACUCCACCCCCCCACACUCCACCAGCUGCACCCACUGUGAGCACCGGAGCAGAUGGUCUCCUCUGCCUCAGGGCUCUGCCUCUCUCUCCCCAGGGAGGGGCUCCCUGGCCCACGCACCUGCCGCUGCCUUUGGCUUGCUCUGGUGUGGCAGCCUGCUGUUCGGCCAGGGCAGGAGGCAGUGAGGGACAACACAGGGCCUGUGCUCAGCAGGUGGUUGAAAUAUGGAAAUUCUCCCCCCUCUUGGCCCUGGAGCCCUCCCUGCCAUCCUGGCCACCCAGCCCCUCCCCUUCUCAGAUCCUGCGACUGAAGGGUUCCUGUCUGGCGGGGAUGGAAGGGGCUCCGCCUGUCCAGCCCGGUGUCCCUUCUGACUGAUGGUGAAAUAAUGUGAUUGUCUCC